AUGUCUCAGCGCGGCGCCGCCCACGAGCUCCGGAUCGAUGACCACAUGAAAGUGGGAGACAUCGAGGAUAGUAAACUUCCCGAUGGGUACAAGAAUGAUGAGGAAAUGUCACCCGUCAGCAGUAAAAGUGGCGAUGGAGUCGGACACAACGCUGGAAUUGACUCCGAAGUUGCUAAUUUCUUUGCGGCCCAGGAAGGAAAGAACAUUGUCAUUGACGAGGCUACGAACAAGCGCUUGAAGCGUAUGAUUGAUAAACGCGUUCUUUUGGUAAUGGUCGUUACAUAUUUCCUUCAAACACUUGACAAGGGCACUAUCAACUUCGCUUCUAUUAUGGGUAUUCAGCAAGAUACACACCUCGUUGGCCAGCAAUACAGUUGGCUGACCACAUGUUUGUACAUUGCCAUCCUGGUUUGGGAGUUUCCCACCAACCGCCUAUUGCAAGUCCUGCCCGUAGCCAAAUUCCUUGCUUUCAAUAUCACGGCGUGGGGGGUCGUCUUGGCUUGCACGGCAGCCUGCAAGAACUUUACUGGUCUGGUCAUUGUCCGAACACUUCUUGGAAUGUUCGAAUGUGUCUGCCAGCCAGGAUUCGUGCUACUUUCUACCAUGUGGUACACGAAGAAAGAGCAAGCUAUCACUAUCGGAUGCUUCUACGCAAUGAACGGAUUGCAACAAUGUGUCGGUGGCUUACUUGCGUAUGGUGUAUACCAUAUCAAGGGCGGCCCAAUCACCUCUUGGCAGGUUUUGUUCACAUUGCUUGGCUGUAUUACUUUCCUUUGGGGUCUCUUCGUCCUCUGGUGGCUCCCCGACUCUCCCAUGCGUGCUCGAUGCUUCUCCCCCGAAGACCGAGUGUUGAUGGUGGAACGCGUUCGCGCAAAUGAAACAGGUAUCCAGAACAAGGAAUUUAAGCGGUAUCAGGCUUUAGAAGCUCUGAAAGACGUGAAAACUUGGUGUUUCUACAUUAUUUCUUUUACCAAUGCCCUUCCGACAGGCGGACUCGGUGCAUUCUCCAAUUUGAUUAUCAAGGAUUUCGGUUUCUCCACUAUUCAAACCGACCUCCUCGCGAUCGCCCAGGGUGUUAUUAUCAUGCUCUUCCUGUUUACUGCGGCAUAUUUCUCGACCCGCACCAGCCAAAAGUGUAUUUUCAUGUUCGCAUACACUCUACCAAACGUCAUUGGCUCCAUCGUUUUCUUGACUGUCCCUACACGCCCGGAUACCCGAGUUGGACUGCUGAUCGCAUUCUACCUGUGCCAAGGAUUUGGUGCUGUCGCUGUACUCAACCUCGCGCUCGUUACCGGAAACACCGGUGGCCGAACGAAACAAGUGGUAACUGUGACCGGUACAUUCAUCACAUGGGCUGUUGGAAACGCUAUCGGUCCCCAGGUCUUCCGUGCCAAUGAUGCUCCUCGCUAUCCCAAAGGAUUUGCUGUGCAUCUUGUCAUGUAUGGCAUUCAACUUAUCACUAUAACCGUCUUACGCUUGUAUCUCCUUCGUCAAAACGUACUGAAGCGCCGGGCCCAAGGAGUUCGCGAGGAGGGAACGAGUGGUCAGGUGGAAGGCGAAGAGAAGGCUGUCAAGCAUAGCCAUGCGUUGAUGAUUUGA